AUGGAGGGCGGACUAUCGUUUCACUCGGGUCUGGUGAGAGCCCAUACCACCACCUAUACCCUCUCCCAUCCUCCUCCACCGUCGCCAACCACGAAGCCGCAGACAGCACACGCCCGGAUGACCUCGACCGGGCCGCCUGCCCUCAUGUCGCACCAGAGCUUCCAGAGCACCUACUCGAGCUACUCGCACAGCAGUGCGCGCGACACCCAGAGCACCCAGGCCACCACCACGUCGACCCUCUUUGGCCCGCCGCCCACCACCAACGCCGCCGCCGCCGCCGCCUCCGCCGCCGCCUUUGCCCACCCCGCCUCGACGUCGGCCUCGACCACGCCCGUCAACGGCGGCCCCGUCGAAGCCUCGGAGAACGUCCUCAACAAGCGCGCCGACAAGGACACCUCGCUCUUCCAGCGAUGCCUCACCCUGCAGAUGCGCCUGCGCGGCAUUCCCGGCUUCGACCGCUGGAUGACUGAGGAGGAGGACAAGGCCGACGACGAUGCCGACCCCGUCACCCUGCUGUGGAGGACCUUUCGGAGGGGCUAUCCCCUCAUGGAGCUCUACAACGCCCUCGGCCCCCCCACCCUGUUGACCAUUCCCAACUCCAAGCAGGAUGAGAAGAGCCUCAAGAAGAACGAAAAAAUGGCCUGCUACAAGUUCAUCCAGAGCUGCGUCGCCGACCUCGGCAUCCCCCAGGAGAGCUGCUUCAUUCUCGGUGACCUCUACGGUGACGACACAACCGGCUUUGUCAAGGUCACCAAUGUAGUCAACCGCGUCUUGGACGAGCUCGUCGCCCAGGGCAAGAUUUCGGGCGUCAACACCGACUCGGGCGACAGCGAAGGAGGCGUCGGCACAAAGCGCACCCAGCGCGAGCACAUCAUUGAUGAGCUAGUCAAGACGGAGCGCACAUACGUCCAGCAUCUCGAGCUCCUGCAAGAGUUCAAGAAGCUGGUGGAGGAAAAGGGCGUCAUUAGCGGAGACCAGGUCCACGACAUCUUCCUCAACCUCAAUGCCCUCCUCGAUUUCCAGCGCCGCUUCCUCAUCCGCGUCGAGCAGACGAAUGCCCAACCCGCGAGCGAGCAAAACUGGGGAAACCUCUUUGUGCUCUACAAAGAAGCCUUCAAAGUGUACGAGCCCUACAUUGCCAAUCAGAAGAAAUGCGAGCAAACAGCCAUGCGCGAGUUCGACAAGCUCAAGGAGACGGGCGGUCCGCCAGAGAUGCGCCAGAUGGUUGAAUCUCCGACGCUGCUCGCUUCCUUUUUGCUGAAACCGUUUCAGCGAUUAACAAAGUAUCCGCUUCUUCUUCAGCAACUGCGCGACAAGGGCGACCUGGACGAAGGCCGGCGUGAAGACAUUUCAAGAGGUAUCGAAGCUGCUUCUUCCGUGCUCGCAGGCACCAACGAUGCCAUUGCCCGCGAGGAGCGUGUCGAGGCUGUCGAAGAGCUCAAGAUGCUCGUCGAAGACUGGAAGGGCCACCGCAUAGAAGGUUUUGGUGAUCUCCUUUUGCACGGCCAGUACACGGUCCUCAAGGGCGAAGGCAUGAGCUCCAAGAAUGAGGAGCGAGAGUACAAAAUCUAUCUCUUUGAGAUGAUUCUGCUCUGCUGCAAAGAGAUUAAUGUCAACAAGCCAAAAAACAAAAUGUCUACGCGAUCCUUGGUAACAAAGGACGGAAAGCCAAAGUUGCAGCUCAAGGGCCGCAUCUUCAUGCAAAACGUGACCGAGACAAUAUCGCUCCAGAAGCCAGGCUCAUACACGUGCCAGAUUUUCUGGAAAGGCGAUCCUGGUAUUGAGAACUUCAUCAUCAAAUUCACCUCGGAAGAAACAAUGAAAAAAUGGGCCAUGCAGGUCGACACCCAACGACGCAUCUGGAAGGACCAGGCACGAACCAGUGCCAGCACGACACACUCCAAGCCUUCGGAUACCCAAUUUGCAUACAUGCGCGACCAGGUCCUGGAGAACCCCUACCAAGAAGACGACGACGAUGAAGGCGACGAGGACAUUGAUCCCGUCACUGGCUACCCUCGUAAUUCAUACGGUGUAAGACAAAAUUCCUCCACUCCCUCCAUGCGAUCACGCUCGACGACCGGCGAAAGCGGCCCUCCAAUGAAUGAUCCAGAUUCCCGCGUACCGCCUGCGCGUUUUCCUAUGGGGUAUAACGGACAGCCUCCACUAACUUUGCGUACUCAGCAAUUACAGAAUUCAGCCAAUAACGAAUCCUACUUUUCCCCGACUGCCGAGACACCAAUGUCGACACAUUCAAAUGCACGGACAAGCUCGUCAUCCAACAACAAUUUCCCUUUUCCCCGGCAAGCAGCACCCAAUGGAUAUUCCCACGAAGAAAACAACAGACACACUGCCCCCGCCCAAUCCCGCCACCCCUCGAGGGGGGAGAACAUUCCGCAUCCGCAAACCCGUGCCCAACGACCCUCGCUACCCGCCAAUGCUACCAUUUCAGCCCAAGGACGGAUGCGGGCGGCUAGUAGCCCUGACAUCAACUCGCAUCUCCAAGGACAGCCUCGUCGAGCACCACAGCAACCUGUACCCGAGGUGCCGCCCUUCCCAACACACUACGCCUACAAUGCAGCCAUUGUCAAUCGUAGUAACAGCAACUCUCCCAACCAGCCGGCACCGCCGCGAGCUGCAACGCAAUCACCUGCCAUUCAACGAGACCGCCUGAUUCAACAGCGAACAGCCUCAGAGCUGGCCAAUCAAACCAGCGACUUCCCCAAUGGCCCCAUGCGCCGUGAACCAAACUACCCGGCUAUGAACCGCACCAUGACGCCUGCAUCGUCUUUUGAGCGCAGUCAAGGUACAUUAACGCCUGCUUCCAUGGACUCUCGCAACAUGUCCCCGCCACUCAGCCAAGACCCAAGCAUACCGACUCAGCUCAAGGUCAAGGUGCACUGCCCUUCGGCGGGGAGCUCAAUGGUCUUGGUUGUCAGCACAAACAUCAGCUACCAGUCACUCAAAGACCGCAUCGACGCAAAACUGCAGAGAUCGACUUCAGUGUCCCUUGGAUCCGGCCAAGUCAAGCUCAAGUACCUGGAUAGCGACAACACAUAUGUUAGCAUACAAUGUGACGACGACGUUCAAGAGGCGUUUGAAAACUGGAAAGAGCAGCAAAGCAAUCUCAAUCCCGGCGCAGGGCUCGGCGAAAUUGAGCUCUUCUGUCAAAGGUGA